AUGGGCGGCAUUGUGUGCUUGGACUCAGCGUUGGCGAUUCGGCGAAGUGCACCGGGAGGUAAGAUGCCAUGGCCAUCAGUUUGCGGCGUCCUUGCCUAUGACACACCAUUUCUUGGUUUGCAUCCACAUGUAUUCAAGCACCAGCUCUCGACGUAUCAUGGCUACUUGGAUUCUGCGAUGAAAGUUGGAUCUGUUCUGGCUCCAGUGACUGGCGGCUUGGCCACGAUGUGGAACGCACGUACGACAAAUACUACAUCAUCCAACUCGUUUAGUCGACUAUCGACUGCAUCAUGGAUUGGGAUUGGUACUGCUGCAGCUGCCGCGAUUGGCGCAGCAACAACUGCAGCCAUUACUCGAUCUGAUCCUUUUCAAGACUCAUACCGCUGGGUGUCUGAACAUAUCACGUUUGUGAAGCACUUGUGGGAUGGUGAGGCGCUCUCAUCGCGCAUGUCGGACUGCGAUGUGCCAUUCCACUGUUUCUACACGACUCUGGCUGGCGAAGACGCGCGCCCCUUCAUCUUACUGCCGCCAUCGAAGGCUUCCUAUGCGAAACACUUCUCUCCCCUCGAGUUACAUGCGAAAGAUGAAGUAACGGCGCAUAUCUCUAUGUUUUCACUCACAACGAAUUCUUCGUACUUGACUAUGGGUCUAGAGUCUGCCUCUCACUUGACUGAAUGGAUCCCGCAUAUGGGUGCACAGUGCGGGAAGUCUGAUAGCAGAGUCCACGUUUCAGAGAGGCUUGAAGAAUGA